AUGGAGCUACCAAGUAAGAUCAACAACAACGAGAAAUCACUUCAACAAGGAAUUUCACCUUCAGGAAAUGGUGGUUUGAUUUCAAAUAGCAAGCUUACUGCACUUGUGGUGGAUAGUGAUAGAAUUUGUCAAAUAUUGGAGAAAGCAAUUUUAGAAUCUCAAGGUGUUGAGACCCAAGUUGUGGGAAGUGGGAGAGAUGCUCUGGAUCUCUUGGCCUCUGGGGCAACCUUCAAUCUCAUCAUCAUAGCUAUGGUACUCCCAAUCAUGAAUGGAGUUGAGACCACUAGGCGGAUUCGAGCAAUGGGCAUUUGUAGCAAAAUGUUGGGUGUUACUGCAUGCUCAUAUGAAAGGGAGAAGCAGGCAUUUCUGGAUGCUGGUGUGGAUGAGUUCAUUGAGAAACCGCUUACUCCUCAAAAGUUAGCCUCCAUUCUAAGAGAGAUGCGAAAUGCAUGA